AUGUCUGAUCAACGGCCUCUUCCGUUUGUUUACCAGUUUUUAGCUGGUGCAGUUGCUGGUGUCUCUGAGAUUCUUGUUAUGUACCCACUGGAUGUGGUCAAGACAAGAAUUCAGCUCCAAGUUGGAGGUGGGGGAAAAGGAGAGUACACAGGUAUCAUUGAUUGCUUGACCAAGAUCGUUAAGAACGAGGGUCCUUCUAGAUUGUACCGUGGUAUCAGCGCUCCUAUUUUGAUGGAGGCUCCAAAGAGAGCAACCAAAUUUGCUGCCAACGACGAGUGGGGGAAAGUUUAUAAACGUGCUUUUGGUGUUACCGAGAUGACUCAGCCACUGGCUGUUUUGACUGGUGCUACUGCUGGUGCCACUGAGUCGUUUGUUGUUGUUCCAUUCGAACUGGUCAAAAUUAGAUUGCAGGACAAGACGUCUAAGUACACUGGUAUGGGAGAAGUUGUGAAGCACAUUGUUAAGGAGGAAGGUCCUUUGGCUUUGUACAAUGGUUUGGAGGCUACUCUAUGGAGACACAUUGUCUGGAAUGCAGGUUAUUUCGGUGUCAUUUUCCAAGUUAGAUCUCUGCUGCCAAAGGCUGAAACCCCAACCCAGAAGACUGUUAACGAUUUGAUCUCUGGUGCCAUUGGAGGAACUGUUGGUACUUUGUUCAACACCCCAUUCGAUGUUGUCAAGUCCCGUAUUCAAAACACUCCAAAGGUUGAGGGUGUUGCUAGAAAAUACAACUGGACCUUCCCAUCUCUUGCCCUUAUCAUGAAGGAAGAAGGUUUCAGUGCUUUGUAUAAAGGAUUCCUGCCAAAGGUUUUGAGACUCGGACCAGGAGGAGGUAUUCUGCUUGUGGUUUUCACCAACACCAUGGAUUUCUUCCGCAAAGUUUAUUACAAGGACUAA